UCGCUUUCUCUCAGGCGACGACAACGCAGGUCAUGUCAAAAGCACCGUUAGCAGGCAUUAAAGUCGUUGAGUUUGCAGGUCUCGCGCCUGGUCCAUUCGCAGGCCUUGUCCUCGCCGACUACGGUGCCUCAGUCAUCCGUAUCGAUCGCACUAGCAGUACCUUGCCUCACGACGUCCUCAACCGUGGAAAGCGCUCAAUAGCCAUCGACGCCAAGGUUCCUGCUGGCAAAGAACUCCUCCUAGAGCUCAUCUCACGCGCAGACGUACUCAUUGAUCCAUUCCGACCAGGUGUCCUUGAGAAAUUGGAACUUGGUCCAGAUGUAUUCUUGAACGAAGAGAUUGGACUGAACAAGAAGCUUAUUUACGCAAGGAUUCAUGGAUUCACGAGAAAUGGUCCGUAUAGGGAUGUGGCUGGCCACGACAUCAACUAUAUCGCUCUCAGUGGCGCUCUUUCUAUGCUUCCAGGAACCCCCGAAAAACCGGCCUUCCCUGUAAAUUUACUCGCAGACUUCGCAGGCGGCGGCCUAACCUGCGCACUCGGCAUCCUCCUCGCCCUCCAAUCCCGCAACACAACAGGAAAAGGCCAAAUAGUCGAAACAGACAUGGUCUCCGGUUCACGAUACGUCUCAUCAUUCCCUCUCCUCCACUCCCUCAUUCCCAAUGACCUUAACUUCGGGAAUCCAAACGAUAACGCUAAAGAGAAUUGGAAGAAUGGAAGAGGAACGAAGAUAUUGGAUGGCGGUGCACCAUAUUAUAAUGUGUAUACGUGUGCGGAUGGGAGGUGGAUGACUGUUGGGUGUCUUGAGGCGCAAUUCUUCCGGGUUUUUAUUGAAAAGUUCGUGGAUGCGCUCCCUCAGAGUUACUUGAAGGAACAAGGAGAUUGGAGGCCCACGAUGGAGAUGCUGACUAACGAAGAGCACUGGCCACGUUUUCGUGCCUUUCUCGAUGGAGGAUUCAGGACGAAGACGCGUGAUGAAUGGGCGAGUGUGUUUCACGGGUCCGAUGCAUGCGCAGUCCCAGUAUUGUCACCAGAAGAAGCAGCGAAAGCAGCAGGCUCUCCCAUACCCGCACCUCACCCUAUUCUAUCCGAAUCUCAGCCAGCCCCACCGAAAGAAUUCACGUUAUUGAAGCCAGGACAGCAUACCGAGGAAAUCCUGAACGAGUUAGGUAUUUCCGGUACAACAUUGGCUGAAUUGGUUCGUUCUGGAGCAAUUGGGAAGCCUACGUCUAAAUUGUAAGGUUUUUAUAAGUUGAUGAGAUGAUGAGAUGUAGUCGGAUGAUCAAAUUUUGUCGUAUUUUUUUCUGGAUGUAGUCCUUUCGAAUGAACUGUCAUACUUCAACAGUAUGCUGUACUUGGAUUAGAGUAAUCCCUUCCUCCCUUCUCUCGGAUACUCGAGCCCUCCGAUUCAUCGAAAGAGUACGAUGUAGACGUAGUAAAUCAGAACGCAAACCGUCGAAUGCUCUAUUGACUCACGCCAUGCUACUGAGGGAACAAUGACAUACAACUUGAAGGAGGAUCCCAAUACUUACAAUGCAAUACUCACGUUUCAGUUAGCCCACAAGUAUAUUUGCAGGAAGUUGAUCGACAUUACAUGCUAGAAUGAUUUGCCUGCAUGACCACUUUCCGUUACCAUGACAUGCUAGUCGAGGAAAUACAACCUGAUAGAUAAGAAGAUACAACACAAUUAAUACAUUAAAUCUGC